AUGGCUCGGCGGAAGACUCGGAAGAUCGCACUCAAGUCAAAGAAGCUGAGGGCAAAGGCUCUGCUCUCGGCGGAAGAAGCGGCUCAUUUGGCUGGAGAAUCGCCAGAGUGGGCUGAGAUCAUCGCGCCCUCGGCGAGCGGCCGGAAGGGCGGCCAGGAUGGUCAUCUCGCUGGCGCUCGCUUCCGGGCAAAGUGGGCUGAUACUCGCGGUGGUCAUGGUGAUCAUGACUCUGCUGCUGACCGCCAGAAGAAGAGCGCAGUGCGCCAUGCGCCGCGUGAUGGUGUGCCGCUCUCCAACAGGCAGAUUGUGUUUAUGCAUCACAUGCAGCGCCGGCUGAGCGCUCUUCUCGGCGACGGAUCGGUCAAGGACGCCGAUCUCCGCGACGCACGUGUCGACGUGCUCGAUGUUGAAGUGACUCGGGACCGCCGCCGGGCUCGUGUUCUUUGGGACUAUGCGCCUGAUCCGGGCGCAGAUGAUGCUCCCAGCCGCGAAACGGUGGAGACUGCCCUCCUCCGCGCCGCGCCCUACAUCCGCUCACUCCUCUCCGAGAGCCUCACCACCCGCCACGUUCCCGAGCUCGUCUUUGUUCACGACACCCGCCCUGCCGAGGAGGACGAGGUCGAUGCCCUGGCUGCCGCCGGUCUCCCUACCGAUCUCGCUGCCGAGCUGACAACCGCUAUGCCGACCCUCGAGUCGCUGCUCGCCGACGACGAGGACGCGUCGCAGGCCGCCGACAUGGCCCAUGCCAUGGCCGCCGACCCGUGGAUAGCUUGCGCCUGCUGA